UUUCCCCCUUUGUAGUACUCCCUUAGCAUGCUCUUGCUCCGAAUAUCCUCAUGAGUUUUCUCAAAUCACAGAUUCUGGUUUUUUUAACUAGUCUAUUGUUAGUGUCCCCAUUCUCUGUGUGCACGGUUUCUCCAGACAGAAGUUCGAUAAUUCCACUGAUUUAAUCUCGAUCGAAUCCCUUCAAAAUUGCAGUUAUUAGUCGAGAGUCCCAGCACUAUCUUGUCCUGUUUCUUUUAGUGGACACAGUGUACAUCGUGGAUCCUCAAUUUCUUCAGCGUUUGAUUUCGUGAAAAAUUUAGAUAAACCAUAUUGGUGAGAUUUAAAGUUCCUGUCUCUUUGAGCUUCUAAAAAGUGCAGAAGCUCGCUACAGCUAAUCGUCAUACCAAAAUCUAAAUUUAGAUAAAUUUGUGCGAGUUCUUGCCGGAACCUUUCGUUUUGUCUGGUUAACAACCGGGAAAUGGAGCGAUCGAGCCUAAAUUCAUCAGAUUCAAUCACUCAGGGAAACCAUGCAUCAAAUUGUUUGAAAAAAAUUAAAAGGAAAAGUAAAACCCAAAACCUAUUUUAUCUGGUUGCGACUGGAACAGAUGUGAUUUAGAUACUAAAUAGGUCAAGGUAGAAGAGGGUGCUGUCUUGACCCUUAGAUAAUCACACUGGAUUUGAAGAGCCACUGCAAAUCUGGGCAGCAGCCACUUUGGAAUGACAAUUAGCUGUAGUUCUGGGUUCGUGUACUAGGUCGUAGCAUUGGUUUGUGGCGCUAGAGAAGCUGGUGUAGAUUUUAAAGGGCAAUGAAAAUGUUGCUCCAGCUGCGUCCUCAUCCCUUGCUUUUUUAAAGCAUAUCCAUCUUGAUGUAACAAAGAGAGACCCACCAGUUCGGACGAAUUCAAUGGGGGCAAAUCUUCGACCAAGAAUGAAUUUGAUUGCCGCUUGGAAGGGAAUUUUUCAAUACGUCAUUCACGAAUUAAGUAAAGGAGGUUGGAUAAUGCCAAAUCAGCGGAGUAAUAAUCAGUGAUGGGCUGCUGGAAGGUGAUGGAUUUGAGGUUACGCUCGUGGUUGCCAUGGAUAGUCAUGUUCGCGGCAGGGGUUAUAGCCUACACCUACUACCAGUUUCUGAAUCCACAAAACUGUGCGGGGUUUUACGUCUGCAGGCUUGCUGUAGAGAAAGCCAGCUUCCCACCUGUCGAAUCCACAACAGAACCGAUGACACCAUCGCUAGAUCAGUUCAAGCCGCUCUACAACGACACUCGUCGGAUUGCGGUCUGCAUAGUUGGUGGAGCCCGGAUGUUCGAAAUCACUGGACCCAGUCUACGAAAGCACCUCUUGGACGUUUUUAACAACACUGAUGUCUUUCUACAUUCCCCUUUAGAUGCAGAUAGCCACAAACUCACCCUUCUCGCUGGUCGCAACCUCCGCGUAGCCAAGAUCUUCGUUCCACAAACUCUACCCGAGACGAAAAUCAUACAAGAAGUAAUCACAUCAUGGGGAUCCCCACGUGGGAUGCAGGGACUCCUCCAGUACUUCAAUCUCGUGGAAGGCUGUUACGGAAUGGUGAAGAAGUACGAGGUUCAACGAAAUUUCACGUAUGACUGGAUCAUCCGCGCGCGCGCGGACGGGUACUGGAGCGCUCCAGUACCCGACAUUUCGCAGCUGGAUCCGAACUACUACUACGUCGCGGCGGGGAGCAUGUUCCACGGACUCAACGACCGUUUCGGAAUGGGCUCCUCGCACACCAGCCGCGCCGCGAACACGCGGUUGACCCUGCUGCCGGUGAUGCACAUGCGCGGCCUGCGCGGCCUGAACUCCGAAUCCGCCUACAAGGCCCAGCUUACAGUCUCCGGAGUGCUAUUCAAGCCCAUCCAGGUUCCGUUUUGCAUCGUAACGCUGCGGACGCCGCGGUGCCCGCCCCUACCGCGGGGAUUGCUCCUCCUGUCCAUGGCCUCGGAGGGCCCCAUGAGUGGGGCCUAUUGCCGCCCCUGUGACGCCGAGGUCAAUGCGACGGCGUCAGCGGCAAUCGUUACCGCCCGUGAGCGGGACUGGGACUGGCCCGGCAUCGAAGGGGAGCGGGUCACCGUGUGUGACGGAAUCAAGCCUUGGGCCCCGACUUGGCGACGGAUCGCGGACGAAGUUUACAAACGAAACUUGGGACUGGACGAGGAAAUUCGGGAUUUUCAGUCGAGGUCGCGGGAAGAGUGUAUUGAGGAGAUGGAAGCAUUCCAAAGGUUAUGGGAUAUUUGGGAUUCCCUUUCUCCGGAAAUAAUUUGCAACUCUGCUUUCCCUUUGAAGGGUUGGUAACAACUCCUGCAUUAGUGAUCACCUUGUAUCACCUUGUUUAUGUAAUUAUGCUUAAUUUUUUAUUUUUAAAAUUUUUUCCUUUUAUUUA